UUUACUGGAUCGAAAACGCAGCAUGUACUGAAGUGGGAUUUAAAUACGCUUAAAAUAGUGGGUAGCUUUAAUGUACAACCUUAUACAGAAGAUCCUGACAAUGGAAAAAGUCGACGUUCGCACAUUAUUGCUAUGUGUUUGUCCACCGACAUGAAAUAUCUAGCUUUAGCCGAAGGCGGCAAUAAUAUACAGAUUUGGUGCCCUCAGCAAUUGACACACUUGAAGACUUUUAAAGGCCACCGUGAUGUGGUGACUUCACUAGUAUUUCGUAAAGAUACACAUGAACUGUAUUCAGGUUCUAAGGAUCGCUCUGUUAAAAUUUGGUCGCUGGACGAAAUGGCUUACGUUGAGAGUUUAUUUGGACAUCAGGCUGGUGUGACUGGCAUAGAUGCGCUAAGUCGAGAACGCGCUGUAUCAUCAGGUGGUUCUGAUAAUUCGCUACGAGUUUGGAAAAUAACGGAGGAAUCCCAACUCAUUUACAACGCUCAUCAGAGCAGCAUAGAAAAUGUCAAGUUCAUAAAUGAUGAAAACUUCGUGUCUUGCGGUGUUGAUGGUUCACUUUGUGUAUGGAGUGCAAUGAAGAAAAGACCACUCUGCACGGUGCGUGAAGUGCAUGGCAAGCAAACCAAUUCCGAUGCCAACUGGAUAUGUGCUAUUAGCUGUGUAGUCAAUACAGACUUAAUUGCAUCAGGUUCCUGUGAUGGUUUCAUACGGCUGUGGCAGUCUAGUGACAAUGGCAAGAAACUGAAACAAAUUCUGGAAAUACCCAUGAAUGGCUUUGUAAAUAGUUUAGCAUUUAACAACGAUGGCACUAAAUUGUAUGCUGCCGUUGGCCAAGAACACCGACUGGGGCGAUGGUGGCGUGAUAAAGAGGCGAGAAAUAAAAUCGUUGUUAUUGACUUGUUAAAAAAAGAAGUAGAAAACUCUAGUUAA